AUGACACACAAAAAGGCUAUUGCAGUUCUUCGACCUGAUAAACCCGAUGGUAGUGUUAACGGUACAAUCGUUUUCACUCAAGAAGGCGAUAAAGUUACAGUGGAUAUAGAUAUUAAAGGACUUCCAGACGGAGAACAUGGAUUUCAUAUUCAUGAAUUCGGUGAUAAUACUAACGGAUGUACUUCAGCUGGACCUCAUUAUAAUCCAUUUAAUAAGACUCAUGGUAGUAAAGAUGAUGAAAUUCGUCAUGUUGGUGAUUUGGGUAACGUUAAAGCAGUGAAUUGCGCUGUUAAAGAACAAAUCACCGACUGUAAAAUCACUUUGGAAGGAGAGCACACGAUUGUUGGACGCACUGUUGUUGUACAUGAAGGUAAAGAUGAUCUUGGAAAAGGUGGACACGAACUUUCCCUUACUACUGGUAACGCAGGUGGUCGCCUUGCCUGUGGUGUUAUUGGUAUUCUGAUUUAA